GGGCCUCGGGAGGGGGCGCCCGAUCCCAGGUCUCUGCGCAGCUUCCCGGGAAGUUUCAAGUUUGAAAGUCCUGGCGGAGAGGCCGGGGCUUCCGGAACCAAGGGGCGGAGAGAAGGGGCCGAGCGGCGCCAUGGAGGAGGGGGCGAGGCGGCAGGCUGGGCCUGGCCCUCGGCCCCUAGAGGAUGAGAAGGAGGUGAUCCGCCGGGCCAUCCAGAAGGAGCUGAAAAUCAAGGAGGGCAUGGAGAACCUGCGCAGUGUAGCCACAGACCGCCGCCACCUGGGCCACGUGCAGCAGCUGCUGCAAUCCUCCAACCGCCGCCUGGAGCAGCUGCACAGCGAGCUGCGGGAGCUGCACGCCCGCAUCCUGCUGCCCGGCCUGGCGGAGCCUGUGGCCUCAGGACCCCGGCUGCGGGCAGAGCAGUCCAAGGCUCGGCACUUGGAGGCCCUUCGGAGGCAGCUGCAGGUGGAGCUGAAGGUGAAGCAGGGGGCCGAGAACAUGACCCACACAUAUGCCAGUGGCACCCCCAAGGAGAGAAAGCUCCUGGCUGCUGCCCAGCAGAUGCUGCGGGAUUCCCAGCUGAAGGUAGCCCUGCUCCGCAUGAAGAUCAGCAGCCUGGAGGCCAGUGGGUCCCCUGAGCCAGGCCCUGAGCUGCUGGCCGAGGAGCUGCAGCACCGGCUACACAUCGAGGCUGCAGUGGCCGAGGGUGCCAAGAACGUGGUGAAGCUGCUUGGUGGCCGGAGGACACAGGACCGCAAGGCCCUGGCUGAGGCCCAGGCCCAGCUCCAGGAAUCCUCACAGAAGCUGGACCUGCUCCGGCUGGCCUUAGAUCAGCUGCUGGAGAGCCUACCACCUGCCCAUCCUCUGCGUGGCAGGGUGGCCCGGAAGCUGCGAGUGGCAGUGCUUGGGAACACACAGCCUGCUGGGACACUUGUGAAGCCCACGGCCCUGACAGGGACACUGCAGGUCCACCUCCUGGGCUGUGAGAAGCCUCUGGCAGUCGUUCCCGGACGCUCUCCAGUGGCCGCACUGGCUGGCAGCCCCUCCGAGGGCUGGCUUUGGGCCAGGGCCAGGCAGCAGCGCAGCGGAGGCGAGCUGUCCAGUGAGCUGCUGGCUGUGCUGAAGGUGGACAACCGUGCUGUGGGCCAGACAGGCUGGGGUCAGGUGGCCGAGCGGUGCUGGGACCAGACGUUUGCCAUUCCCCUGGAGCGAGCCCGGGAGCUGGAGAUUGGGGUGCACUGGCGCGACUGGCGGCAGCUGUGUGGCGUGGCCUUCUUGAGGCUCGAGGACUUCCUGGACAAUGCUUGCCACCAGCUGUCCCUCAGCCUGGUGCCACAGGGCCGGCUCUUUGUCCAGGUGACCUUCUGUGACCCUGUCCUUGAGAGGCGGCCCCGGCUGCAGAGGCAAAAACGCGUUUUCUCUAAACGCCGAGGCCAGGACUUCCUGAGGGCUUCGCAGAUGAACCUCAGCAUGGCGGCCUGGGGGCGCCUGGUCAUGAGCCUGCUGCCCCCCUGCAGCUCGCCGAGCACCACCAGCCCCCCCAAAGGGUGCUCUCAGACCCCAACUGCACCCCGUGGGGCCUUUGAGCCUCCGUCCCCCAGUACUCUGCCCAAGAAGACCCCCUUGGGAGAAGAGAUCCAGCCCCCGCCCAAGCCCCCACGCCUCUUCCUGGCUCAGGAGGAGACACCGCGCACCAAACGCCCCCACAUGGAGCCGAGACCUGGACUCGUGCCCGCCCCGCCACCCUCUCCCGCCAGGAGACCGCCCCGGCUUCAGGACUUCCGCUGCUUGGCCGUGCUGGGCCGGGGACACUUCGGAAAGGUCCUCCUGGUCCAGUUCAAGGGGACAGGGAAAUACUAUGCCAUCAAGGCGCUGAAGAAGCAAGAGGUGCUGAGCCGGGACGAGGUGGAGAGCCUGUACUGUGAGAAGCGGAUUCUGGAGGCAGUGGGCCGCACAGGGCACCCUUUCCUGCUCUCCCUCCUUGCCUGCUUCCACACCUCCAGCCACGCCUGCUUCGUGACCGAGUUUGUGCAAGGCGGUGACCUCAUGAUGCAGAUCCACGAGGAUGUUUUCCCUGAGCCCCAGGCCCGCUUCUACCUGGCCUGUGUGGUCCUAGGGCUGCAGUUCCUACACGAGAAGAAGAUCAUUUACAGGGACCUGAAAUUGGAUAAUCUCCUGCUUGACGCCCAGGGCUUUCUGAAGAUUGCAGACUUCGGGCUGUGCAAAGAAGGGAUUGGCUUUGGGGACCGGACGAGCACCUUCUGCGGUACCCCGGAGUUCCUGGCCCCCGAGGUGCUGACGCAGGAGACAUACACGCGGGCCGUGGACUGGUGGGGGCUGGGUGUGCUGCUCUAUGAGAUGCUGGUGGGCGAGUGCCCGUUCCCAGGGGACACAGAAGAGGAGGUGUUCGACUGCAUCGUCAACACAGACGCCCCAUACCCCCACUUUCUGUCAGUGCAAGCCCUUGAGCUCAUUCAGAAGCUCCUCCAGAAGUGCCCGGAGCAGCGCCUGGGUGCUGGUCACCGACUGGCAGGCCCUGCUGGCCCGUGCUGUGCAGCCCCCCUUCGUGCCCACCCUCUGCGGCCCCGCAGACCUGCGCUACUUCGAGGGCGAGUUCACAGGGCUGCUGCCCGCCCUGACUCCGCCCGGCCCACGAAGCCCCCUUAGUGCCCAUCAACAGGCCGCCUUCCAGGACUUUGACUUUGUGUCCGAGCGCUUCCUGCAGCCCUGAGGCCGUGGCCAGGCCUGGUCCGGACCCUAAGAACCCACAGGUGCCUGUGUGUGCCCUGCCCAGCAGCGUGGCUCUCCAAUAUGGAGGAGCCCAUGAGACUCAAGCUAGUGACCAGUGGGCUGCUGCGUGGGCUUUGCUCUGUCACUGGGCAGAGUGCCCCCUUCCUGCCUCCCACCCCUCCUUGCCUCCCAGCAAGAGCCAGACCAGAAAGGGCGGUGCAGUGAGGAGUGGCUUAGUUUGUCUUUUUAAUACUUGACUGGCUCUGUGGAUUAUUAAAUGUAUAAAACUGCA